GAUUACAGUCCAUAUCAGAGACUAGAUAUUCGAGGGCAUCGGCGUUAUUUAUGGACUGUCUACAGUCUAUGAGCCAGCUUUUCUCGUGUUCGUAGUGCAGCAUCAUUGUAUCUGUUUAUUUUUCCACUAAAACGUACUACUACACACAAAGAACAAAAGUAGAACGGUCUGUGCCGGAUCGGCAGUGCACAAACCUGUGUUCGGCAUGCCGUGUAACAUCUCAACAAUCCAUCAUGGUCGAACUACCUCAAGAGCUCAUCGAGAAAAUCAUCGACAUCGUCAGCCAGCAUGAGACAUCGCUGCUACUCUCGUCAAAUCCCAUCAAGUCUUUGAAAUCCUGUGCACUUGUCGCACGAGCUUUUCGCUUUCGAUCUCAGUACCAUCUGUUCCAUGAUGUUUCCCUCCUCAAUACCCGACAUUACAUGCGGUUUCUCGUCAUUUGUGAAGCUUCCCCUCAUAUUCCAUCACUCGUCCGGUCCCUUCAUCUCGCGCAAAGCGACAGGUCUUCGAAUGUGGCGGAACGAGAAGUAUGGGGUCUACGCUCUAUUCUUUCAGGCAUGGUAAACCUGCGCAGUCUCCGCCUCUUCGAUUAUGGCAAAAUAUAUAGGUUUCCCUAUUCCUCGCUACCACCUUCCCUGACAUCAAUCGAGAUUCGGGAUGUCGAGUUCUACGACAUAGAUGACCUAUGCGCGUUGCUGAAUUGUCAUCCACGGCUUCGGACGUUGAAGCUUGGCGAAAACAUCAGUAUCAGGGCUUCGGGGGAGCAGGAUAAUAUGGAACUGAAGCAUAAUCUUUAUGUUUCCGGUCCAUGUAUCGAGACCUUGGAUAUCAGUGCCUACUUCAACUGGUAUAUAUUGCAAGCCGUGAUGGAAAACUCUUGCCACCGAUUUCCUUUCGAUCUACACCAUCUCCGUAAUCUCACUCUAGCAGUCACAUCGCCGAAUGUCCAUCGCUUUGUAGCGGCCAUUAUGACGCCCGUUGCAAGAUCGAUUGAAAGACUGGAGCUGAAUAUUUUCAAACGCGGGUUCAGUCUAGGGCAGCAUGGCUCUAUCUCCCAAUCCAAUCCCUCCCUUCCUUCCUUACCCCGUCUCCGCUCCAUCAGCAUUUAUUAUGAAAGCCCCAAUCGAUCGCUACUGGGUUGGAUAGCUUCAAACAUUUUCCGCCGUGCGCCCACCCUACAAGAGAUUACGCUGACCGUCUCUCUUCUCUCAACCCGCUUGACGGACGGACACAUCAUGAUUGACGGUGAAGGCAUAUGGAUGCGCCUGGAUGUCGUUAUCGCUGCGCAUCCUACUAUCCAGUCUUUCGUGAUUGAUUUGAGCGUGUUCAGAUCGACGAAAGACUUGGACUGGAGAGAAAUGAUGACGCUGUCUAUCCAGAAACUGCUUCCAGCCACGGUCGCUAGGGAGAUUAUGUUUGUUUCGUAUGGGGGUCGCAAGCAUAAAGUUCAGUAAACAUUUUAUUUCUACUAGGUCCCGACCUCUAGGCUAGAGGUCGGGACCUAGAACACAAUGCACUGGCAUGACAGAUAAACCCCAUCUUCUUUCGUAAU